AUGUCGCUAGAGGAGACGCCCGAAUAUCGGAAGCGCAAGAGAACUUCCCAUGCGAAAAGUGAGCCCUGCACAACAUGCGCCAACACCGGCGAGGAAUGUGUCUACGGCACCGAGGCAGUCCCGUCAGCCAGGGUGUCGGGAAUGCUGGACGGUAAAGCCUCGUCGCAGUAUCAUACAUCUCCCACGGCCAUCAUCUCGCCUUCCACGAUCAACGUGGGCCACCGCCCCGACAGUCCGGGAGACCACAUGUCCAAUGCCACGCUGUCAGCCUUUCAUGCCUCCACCACCGAGUCGAUCCUCGCCUGGCCGCACUUUGAUGACUUCCCGUCCCUGCGCAAAGAUCACAGUCUUUCCGUCUUUCACCUGGAGUCCAGCCGUGCGCCACUCGCGCCUCGUGCAACAACGGUGCAUCCCUAUGCCAGCCGCAGCGAAAUAGACCGCGUGGUGCAGAGUUUCCAGCGCAACGUCAAUUUUUGGUAUCCCACCAUGUCGGUAGCCCAGGCGGCCGAGGUACAAGUGCACAUAGCUGCGGGCAUGUUCGCCGACAGCGUCAAGUCUUGUCUGGCUCUUUUGGUAAUGGCCCUGGGCUGCACAAGUGAACUGGUCCGCUCGUACGAGGAACAUGAAGAUCCGGACUCGGACGAGCUGGAGCUCCGUAGUCAUCGGUGCGCGAUGGGCCAGCUCUAUUUUGACUGCGCAUUCAAAAAGAUCUACCUAGCGCAGGCCGAGUGCACGAUCCCGGCUCCCCGUCAUACCAAGGCGUUGACACCUUCUGACUAUUCUAGCAUCUUCUUUGCAUUCCUCCAGCGUCCUCUACAAGCAUGGUCGUUUAUUCACGCCACUGCCGCCAAAUGCCGUCUCCUCUUAGCAUACAAUCCCCCCGACGCCAACCUCGCAGAGCAAGAAUGCCUUCGUCGGAUCUUCUGGUCCUGUUACAUCCUAGAAAGUGACUACCUCGCCGAACUCUCCGCACUCCCUCAAACGGGCAUCGCUGACAUCGAGUCAUCCGUGCCCCUGCCCGGCGAGUUCCAGACGCACCUAUCGCAAAACGACGAGGAACAAUCCUCCCUCUACUUUCUCGCCUGCAUCUCCAUGCGCCGGCUCCUCAACCGCGUCCACAACCUUCUCUACGCGCGCGACACCGGCGUCGCCUUUGAUAACCACCAGUUCCCCUCCGUCGUCGCCGAACUCGCUCACCAGCUCGAGGAAUGGAAGGACCUCCUCCCUCCGCCGUUUCAAUUCGCCGUCGACCUCCGCCCGCUGGCCUGCACCGCUGGCGCGUUCCUCCGCCAGCGCUACCUCACCUGCAAGAGCGUCAUCUACCGCCCGUACCUCACCUGGGCGCUCUCCAUGACUGCCACCGCAACGGUAGACAAUUUCCCGCCCCAGCUCUUUGAAGGGUGCCAGGUCUGCCUCGAGGCGUGCUGGCUGCAUGCGCAGAACCUGAGGAGCUAUCCACAUACGGUGCUGGUGGAUACGUGGAUCUGCUCGUUGUCGUAUGACUAA